AUGUUCUAUACUUGCACGAAUUUAGAAAACAUCAAAAUUUUUGAAAGAUCUCAUGGUGUAGCAGCAUUCCCCUUUGAGGUAAUCUGUCACUUCUUUCUUUCUUUUCCCUUUCUUCCUUUGUUUAAGGCCUCGGUGACAGUUGAAACUGAUUUCUUUCUCCUUCAUUUCGGUGUGACAUCCUUCAAGAUAUUUUCUGUUAACCAUAUUUUUUCUCGCUUUCUUCUGCCUCUCUUUCACCGCGAUGCAGUGGUAUUCCGCAUAUGUCGUCAAACGGAUCUAUCUAUUCCACUCGGAGAUGAAUUAUUUUCUUCCCGUAAUUUCGAGAACACAUCUUUUCAGCCUUCUAUCUGUCAGUCUGUUCAUUAUCUAUCUAUCUAUCUAUUUAUCUAUCAGUCAUUUCAUAUCUAUCUGUCUAUCUAUCAGUCUAUUUAUCAGUCUGUUCAUAUCGCUCUAACUAUCUAUCUUGACCACACGUUGUUUUGCAAACCGUUUCAUUCUAUUCAUAUCUAUCUAUCUAUCUAUCUAUCUAUCUAUCUAUCUAUCGAUCUAUCUAUCUAUCUAUUCAUAUCUGUCAGGCAUUUCAUAUCUAUCUGUCUAUCUAUCAGUCUGUUCAUAUCUAUCUAUCUAUCUAUCUAUUCAUAUCUGUCAGGCAUUUCAUAUCUAUCUGUCUAUCUAUCAGUCUGUUCAUAUCUAUCUAUCUAUCUAUCUAUCUAUCUAUCUAUCUAUUAG